AUGAAAUUGUCCCAUUCCAUUUACUCUGUCCUUUCCUCUCAGGCUUCUGAGAAGCAGCAGGACAAUGGCACCUGGCUGGUGACCGAGUUUGUGCUGGUGGGUUUCUCCAACCUCCCAGACCUGCGAACUACCCUCUUCGUGUUGUUCUUCCUCACAUACCUGGUCACCCUCAGUGGCAACAUCACCAUCAUCACCAUCAUCCAUGCGGAUCGGACCCUCCACACUCCCAUGUACCGCUUCCUGGCAGUGCUGUCCCUCUCCGAGACCUCCUACACACUGGUCACCAUCCCGAACAUGCUGGCUUGUCUGCUCACGGAGAGCCAGGCCAUCUCCAUCCCUGGCUGUCGGGCUCAGAUGUUCUUCUUCCUGGGUCUGGGAUGCAGCCACUGCUUCCUCCUCACCCUGAUGGGUUAUGACCGCUACGUAGCCAUCUGCCACCCCCUGCGGUACUUGGUGAUCAUGAGACCCACAGUAUGCCUGUGCCUGGGAGCCCUGGUUUUCUGCUCUGGCUUCUCGGUGGCCUCGAUCGAGACCAGCAUGAUCUUCUCCUCGCCUUUCUGCGGCAGCGACCGCGUGGAGCACUUUUUUUGUGACAUCGCCCCGGUCCUGAAGCUCAGCUGCUCCGAGAGCGCAGGCAAAGCGCUGGCCAUCUUCUUCCUCAGCAUCCUCGUGGUGCUGGUCUCCUUCCUCCUCAUCCUCCUCUCCUACGCCUUCAUCGUGGCCACCAUCGUGAGGAUGCCCUCAGCAGCCGGCCGGCGCAAGGCCUUCUCCACCUGCGCCGCGCACCUCACCGUGGUCAUUGUGCAUUUUGGCUGCGCCUCCAUCAUCUACCUGCGGCCGGAGUCCGGGGGCGAGCCUGGCCGGGACCGCCUGGUGGCUGUGUUCUACACGGUGGUGACGCCGCUGCUCAACCCCGUGGUGUACACCCUGCGCAACAAGGAGGUCAGGGUGGCUCUGAGGAGGGCGCUGGCGCGGAGCCGCGGGGAUUUUAAAUAA